UUCCUCUUCUUUUAUCCCUUUCCUACGAAUCUCUCUCUCCUCUCUCUCCUCUCUCCUCUCCUCUCUCCUCUCUCCUCUCUCUACGAGCUCGCGACAACUACCCCGAGCUCUUGCAGCAGCCGCCUCCGCCGCCGCGCGCCACCUCGAUCCGCCUCUCGCGGCGAUCGUUUCGAGCUUCCUCUAGGUGAUCCGUAUCGCGAUCUCGCAAAUCCCGAGGAUCCGAGCCUGUUCCCGUCGCGUCGGUGGUCGGAUCGCCGUUCGGACAUGUCGGGCCCCCUCGAUCGCUUCGCGAGGCCUUGUUUUGAGGGGUUUUCAAGUCAUGAUGAACGAAGAGAACGCAAGUCAGACGUCGAGAACUCGGAAGAUGAGAGGAGGACGAGAAUCGGCUCCCUAAAGAAGAAAGCCAUAAAUGCUUCGACUAAGUUCAGGCACUCUCUAAAGAAAAAGAACAGAAGGAAGAGUGAAAGUCGAGUCGUCUCAAUAGAAGAUGUUCGGGAUAUUGAAGAGCUACAAGCUGUUGACGCAUUUCGCCAGUCACUACUUUUGGAUGAAUUGCUUCCUGCAAAGCAUGAUGAUUAUCACAUGAUGUUGAGAUUUUUGAAAGCAAGGAAAUUCGAUAUUGAGAAAGCGAAGCACAUGUGGGCUGAUAUGCUUCAAUGGAGGAAGGAGUAUGGUACUGAUACUAUCGUAGAGGAUUUUGAGUACACUGAGUUGAGUGAAGUUCUACAGUACUAUCCUCAUGGUUACCAUGGGGUGGACAAAGAGGGGAGGCCUGUUUAUAUUGAAAGGCUGGGAAAAGUCGACCCGAACAAGCUUAUGCAAGUGACAACUAUGGAUAGAUACGUAAGAUACCACGUAAGGGAGUUUGAGAGAAGCUUCUCAAUCAAGUUCCCGGCAUGUUCAAUCGCUGCAAAAAAGCAUAUCGAUUCAAGUACAACUAUUCUAGAUGUUCAAGGCGUGGGCUUGAAGAACUUCAGUAAAACUGCACGAGAACUAAUUGUGCGGCUGCAGAAGAUUGACAAUGAUAACUACCCUGAGACAUUAUACCGAAUGUUCAUCGUUAAUGCUGGCCCAGGAUUCAGGCUUUUAUGGAACACUGUGAAGUCUUUCCUCGAUCCAAAGACUACUUCGAAGAUACAUGUCCUUGGGACCAAAUUCCAAAGCAAGCUGGCUGAAAUAAUUGAUUCCAGUGAGCUUCCGGAAUUUCUUGGUGGUUCUUGUACUUGUCCCGAACAUGGAGGAUGCCUUAAGGCAGAGAAAGGCCCUUGGAAGGACCCAAACAUAUUGAAGAUGGUCCUUUGUGGUGAAGCACAAUAUGGUAGGCAAAUUGUAACUGUAUCCAAUGGCGAGGGAAAAAUCAUUGCUUAUGCUAAACCACAAUACACAGGAAAAAAGGGUAGUGAUACAUCUACUGCGGAGUCUGGUUCAGAUGCUGAAGACAUUUCCUCACCAAAAGCAUUGAGAACUUAUAUUUCUCACCCUCAAUUGACCCCAGUUCGCGAAGAGCAAGCAAAGAUGGUGAAGGCAGCUAGCUUUCCUACUGGUCUUUCUGAAAGUGGUGAACAUGUUCCCAUGGUUGACAAGGCUGUUGAUGCAGGAUGGAAGAAAGAAGCUUCUAACCAGAGGCUUUUCGGAUCUAAAGAUACUGUUUCUCUUACAUCAAAACCUUCUGAAGGUCACUUGGCUCAAAUUAUUGCGACCCUGUUGGCAUUUAUCCUGACUAUUCUGACUUUCCUACGUGCAAUCACAAGUCGCGUGACCAAGAAACUUCCACAGAGUACUUCCCAGCCAGAGACUAACUACGCCACAUUUCAAUUUGACUCUGUUCCGAAAGAAGAGUUCCGCCCGCCUUCGCCCGCUCCAGGAUUUACCCAAGUAGACCUCCUUUCGUCACUUCUGAGUAGGCUCGGUGAACUCGAAGAGAAAGUCGAGAUUCUUCAAGCAAAGCAACAUGAGAUGCCUUCUGAGAAGGAAGAGUUGCUUAAUGCCGCUGUUCGCCGAGUAGAUGCAUUAGAAGCCGAGCUCAUUGUUACUAAGAAGGCUUUGCAUGAAGCUCUUAUUAGGCAAGAGGAACUGCUUGCAUAUAUAGACCGCCAAGAGGAGGCUAAGCUUCGGAAGAACAAAUUUUGCUUUUGAAGAGUUUGAAGAGGCUUAUGCGGCUUUGUUCUGCUGGUGGAGGUUUUACAAGCAGGAAAAGAAGAUGAAUUUGAGGUGACAUUCUACGGAUGUAUCUUCAAAAUCAUUGGGUUUCGACGUAUGAUUCUAGCGAUAAAUAAAUUGUAUUUUCAUUUCCCCUUCUAUUGCAAUGCCUUUAUAAUAGCCUUUCUUUUCUUUUUUUUUUCCCUCGCACGUUUGUUUCCCAGUAUGAGGACAUAGUAUAAGUAAAACAACGUAAUCAAAAAGAUUAUCAAGUCAGUUACUUUUUUUAACUUUGGUAUAUUAUAUAUUUAUAUAUACACACACACACGCUUGCUGAGUCCUCCUUUAUGCUUUGUUAUUUUAUUUCUUUAUUUCUUUUUAUCCUUGUAUCAGAGAUGUAAAAACAUCCAAUGGAAGUUGUAUCCCUAGUAUUGGGACUACUAAAUC